CAGACUCCUCCACCAGACCGCGCGGCGUGAACACUUGUCUGUCUUCAAUCACGAUUGGAUAGACCAGAUACGCAGCAAUGGCCGUUGGAAAAAACAAGCGCUUGUCCAAGGGCAAGAAGGGCAUCAAGAAGAGAACAGUUGAUCCUUUUACCAGAAAGGAUGAGUACUCUGUCAAGGCGCCGUCGACUUUCCAGAUCAGGGAUGUCGGAAAAACUCUGGUAAACCGCACUACUGGUCUCAAGAACGCAAACGAUUCGCUCAAGGGCCGUAUCUUCGAGGUUUCCCUUGCCGACCUGCAGAACGAUGAAGACCAUGCUUUCCGCAAAGUGAAGCUCCGCGUGGAUGAAGUCCAGGGAAAGAACUGCCUCACGAACUUCCAUGGCAUGGACUUCACGACCGACAAGCUGCGCUCCCUUGUCCGCAAAUGGCAGUCCCUUAUCGAAGCCAACGUCACCGUGAAGACCACCGAUGACUAUCUCCUCCGUCUAUUCGCCAUUGCCUUCACGAAGAGACGCCCCAACCAGAUCAAGAAGACCACUUACGCACGGUCUUCCCAGAUUCGCGCUAUCCGGAAGAAGAUGACUGAGAUCAUCCAGCGCGAGGCCGCCAGCUGCUCUCUUUCUCAACUCACCACGAAGCUGAUCCCUGAAGGAAUUGGCCGCGAGAUUGAGAAGGCGACCCAGGGAAUCUAUCCUCUGCAGAAUGUUCACAUCCGCAAGGUUAAGCUCCUCAAGUCCCCCAAGUUCGACCUUGGCGCGCUGCUUAACCUUCACGGCGAAUCUUCGACCGAUGACAAGGGCCAGAAGGUUGAGAGGGAGUUCAAGGAGCAGGUUUUGGAGAAUGUUUAAAAAAUACGCCAGCGCCCACUGGUAGAGGUUGUUCACUAUGGCUUUCCGCAACAAAUGCAGCGUCAAUUCAUAGGAAUGAAAUGCGAAAGGCUUGUCCGUAUUACACAAUCAUUGGUAUCAAUAAUUGAUACGCUAGUUUCUACUUUGAAAUAGUGAUGGUGAUCAAUUCUCUAAAAUUUACAAUGUUUAUGU